AUGGCUAGAGAUGCGACAAAAAGAUUAAUGCUAGAUUUGAGAAAAUUACAGGAAGAUUUACCCGAAACUAUAUGCGCAAGUCCAGUUGAUAGCGAUAUUUUUCAUUGGCAAGCUGUCAUUCUAGGCCCGGAUAAUACUGAGUGGGAAGGAGGCAUUUUCUCACUUUCUCUUACUUUUCCACAAGAUUAUCCUAAUAAGCCGCCAGUGGUCAAAUUUUUAACAAGAAUCUUUCACCCGAACGUGUACCAAGACGGAAGUAUUUGCCUAGAUAUACUCCAAAACGAGUGGAGUCCUGUGUUUGACGUUCAUGGAAUAUUAAUAUCCAUCCAAGUAUUUUAUAAUUCACACAUUUACAUUCAGUCACUUCUAACCGACCCCAAUAAUAAGAGUCCCGCUAAUAACGAAGCUGCAACUCUUUACCAGGAGAACAGAACCGAGUAUAUUAGGAGAGUGAAGAACAUAGUUUCAGAGAGCAUUUCAGCAGCAGAGCUUACUCUAAACUUGUAG